ACGACCAUGUCGUACGAGUUAACUCGUCAUUGAGCUGGAGUGACUACUGCAGCACAGCCUAUACUCCAGCCAAGGUUAUAGCAGGCAAAAUGAAGGUCAUCCUUGCAGCCACUAUUUUUCUGGUGGUGCUGGGUGUUGAGGCGGUGGCGGGGAAGGCGGCCCGUAACGUGGUACAGUUCGGCUCCAUGAUCUCUCACGUCACCGGCCGGAGCGCGUUCGACUACCUGGAGUACGGCUGCUACUGCGGCAUCGGAGGGUCAGGCACUCCUGUAGACGACAUAGACAGGUGCUGUCAGGUGCACGACAGGUGCUAUGAAGCGGUGUACGGAGUCGGUCUCGCGCACAUCGUCACCUACUCAUGGACUGGUGUGGUCGGAGGUUACGUCACUUGUGACAAUGACUUUGGAACAGUUGCCCGUGACGCGUGUGAGUGUGACCGGGAGGUCACCUACUGUUUCAGGAGGUACCCGUACCCGGGUAGACAGCCUUGCUGAGGUCAGGCCAGCAGAGAAAGGAUUAAUCAUCUACAGAAAGACACCUGUGAAAUGUCUUCUGAAAAAAUCGAACAAGCUC